AUGCCUGCGGGUAGGGUUCUCGUUAAGAGCCCUCGUGCCUUCCGUUGGAGGCCAACUCCAGGUCCUUAUGGUAAACUCAACACCGGUUGGGAGGAAGUUGAGAUUGUUGAUAAACCGAACGACAGCAUCCGAAAGGUCUGCGCCGGCCGGGAGUGUGCCAGUUUCGGCAUGAAGUGA